AUGCCCUUUAAACACACCGCGCCCGUCAGGUUUCCAUCGAUGAAAUCUCCUCACAAGUUUGUCGGAUUCGUUGCCGGCAUCACCCUCGCCUUUCCAAUGGCCACUUUCGCCUGGACGAACUUUAAUAUUUGUCUAGCCAAAGUACAAAACGGCACUUUUGGAGUGGGUGUGGAUGUUGGGGGCACAGACAAUCAUGGAUACCCUGUAAACGUCUCUGAUGCCACGGGCAUCACGUACAGCCUGUGCGUCCAAGCUUGUGGUGGCGGUCAAGAACCAUUUCAAUGGUCCAUAUUCUCGCAACAAUUCAGCUCGUGGUUGCUCCCGUGGCUAGCGCUGGUUUCCCAGCUCCCGUUUGGCACCAAGGAUAAUUUAGACAACUUGGAUUCUGUGCUCCUAACGGUUGGAUCGCCAACUUUGGCUGCAUAUUCGCUUACCCUAACUGUCUUAAACAGUCGUUGGGUCGCCAGACGGUUUACACAAUACACCUAUCCCAAUGUCCGAAAUGUAAUUCGCAUCCUCAGCAGCCUUCAGCAAUCGCCCAUCAGAGUAGAGAAGGACGGUGGGCUUCUUGCAUCCCUCGUUAUUCUUCCCCAAAACGACGAGUGGUGGACCGAACUUAGCGAGUGGAUUGAUUAUACCCACACCUGGUCUAUAUCUGCAGCCACCUCCAUCGCAUGGGUGGUCAUCGCCUACAUCUUUACCAUCAUUGAUUCUUUCACAGUGGGUAUCAGCAACUCCAAUUCCAACGGCCAAGGAAUAGGAUCACUUUGGUUGUGGCUUCUCCCUAUUGUCAUUGGGUGGCUACAGAUCUCUCCCAAAUGUGACUCGGCACGUUUGAGCAGUGCUGUACAGCGCGCGAACAGGCUGGCCCACGUUGCCACGGUUGAUGGGCGUGUUGUUCUCGUGAGAGAAGCUCAAACCGAAGCACGAGCUAUCGAGCUUACCUUAACAGAGGUGGAUGAGCUCCGUCGGGAUGAGAAGUGUACUGCGCCAGUAUUCAACUAUGCGCGAUUCCUUCCGUGGGUGCAGGCAGUAGAAGACGUGUCCGAAGCUUUCGAGGCGGCGUCCGAUCAUUUUCGCAAUCAUGACUCGGUCGACCCCUCUAUUGAAUGGGUUGCAGUAGAGACUGGUCAGAAACCUAAUGAGCGCAAUCGUGUGGGCACCAGGACUCAAGUCGAAAACUACUGCAUUCCGUUUGAACCUGCCAACUCCACUCUGAAGUUGCAACCUGCCGACUCCAUUCCGUGGCAACUUGUCAAGAGACCUCGUAGUCGGUGGGGGCCAAAAGUCGUAUCCAGAAUGUUUAUUGCAUCCGCCCUCGCAUUGAUGUUACAAUGGGGCACGACUGGAGCUGCCUUCCUUCAAAUCUGGUUUAUACCUACACUGGGACUCGGCUGCCGAUCAGCAUCUUACCUCCUUUAUGCUGUCCUCUCCACGAUUGUUUGGAUGCUUAUAUCUUCUUUGUUCGGGUUUUAUGCGACUGUAUUAUAUACUUCAUAUUACCCCAUCUUGAUACGGUUCCUAACUCUUGCCUCAGAUUACCUUGAAGUUAUUGAUGGAAUUGUUCCAGAAUUGGUACACCAGUCUACCGUUGGCGGCUGGGCUCAGAUCUAUGUUUGGUAUCAGAAUGAUGGCUUGUGGAUGUGUUUGGAAGUUAGGUUUGUAAUUAUUCCGGUUCGGUUAUUUUGGGUUUCGUGGCACAAGGUAACCGGUCGACAUUUGAGGCCAGGUCACGUUGAAGAAGGCAGCUGGGACCCCAUCAAUGAGCGAACCAUCCACAAGCUUCCACAAGCCAUCAUUCUGAUACCAAACAUAGACCUGAGCCCAGCCGCCAACGGUAAUCCUCGCACUAAAUUGGGAGCUUACUCGAAGCGACCAUUCUUCCCUCUGCCACAAUGCGAAUCACAAAGAACUCUGAUCACAUUUUGGGAAGCAGCCAACCUGGGGGCCGCUUUUUGGGCACUCCUUAGUCGUCUCUUCAUCAUCAAAGACACAGUGAAUUUCUUCUGCUGUUCUUGGAAAGAACUUUGGUCUCAGUGUGCUGACUGCCGUCCAAAUACUGAUGAGAGCUGUGAUCCUCUGCAUCACGCGGACACAUUCACCCUCGUUUCUGCCCUUUUUCCGCUUCUCUAUUGGGUGCUUGAAUGUCCUUAUGGGCCUUAUAUUUCAAAAACUUGA